AUGCCUACCCGGCUCAUAGACGUCCGCAUGAGCGUCUUCAGUAGCGAGACCUCGACUCCCCCAUAUGCAAUCCUAUCACAUACCUGGGUCGAAGGCCAGGAGGCCGACUUCCAGGAAAUGACGCGGGUCAUGGACUCGGAUCAAAUGCACACCUGCUGCAUCAACAAGAGCGAUCUCACCGAGCUCAGCGAGUCCAUCAACUCCAUGUUCAAAUGGUACAAGGGCGCUCAGGCUUGCUACGCCUACCUCGCCGAUCUCGAAGCGGACGCCGACGUGGACACGCGACUCCGCGGUUGCCACUGGUUUACCCGCGGCUGGUGUCUGCAGGAGCUUGUCGCUCCGAGGUCCUUGAUAUUCCUCGAUCAGACGUGGGCCACCGUCGGUACAAGGCGCGUGUUCAAGAGCCUGGUCGUAACCAUCACCACGAUUCCCGUUCACGUUUUGCACUCUGCCAAAGACAUUUCCGAAGUACUGGCGGGGACCCCCAUAGCCACGAGGAUGUCAUGGGCGGCAAACGGGGCAACGGCCAGGGUAAAGGACCUUGCCUACUGCUUGCUAGGCAUAUUCGACGUCAACAUGCCGUUGCUUUACGGCGAAAGCAGCAAAGCAUUUCUGCGCCUGCAACAGGAGAUCAUCAAACAGUCCAAUGAUCUCAGCAUCUUCUUCUCCUGGGACAACCCGGGCGAGCGAGCAAAAAGCCGCAACUGCCGGGGGAAUCACGGGGGUCAAAGCCCAUACCGCUCGCUCCUUGCUCGAUCGCCGGCCGACUUCUGGCCCAUAAUUCAUUGCGAAUGCGCCAAGGUCAGAGGAGCAACGCUUCGAGGGCUGGGCGCACAGCAGUCUUCCUUUACCAUGGAGAAUGCGGGGCUGUUCAUCCGAGAUGCUAUAAUGGAAGUCCUCAAACUCGAGUCUGGUGGGAGAUGCUACGCCCUGAAGAUCAUCGAAACACAACAUCCAGGCCAAUGUAAACCUCUCCAUAAUCCAGACAUGUAUCUUUUUCUGGAAAAGGUCGACCCCGGCAGGUUUGCACGGCUGAGCUACGGGUUUCUUGGGCGCUAUGGCGCAUACGAGCCGCGGGCCCCCAGCGGAUAUCUCGGCAGCAGCGAGACGCCGGUGGAGGACGCCACCGAGGCCACCCACCCAAGGUCCUGGUAUUCUGGACGCGUCAGUUUUGAAGGAGAUUCGCAUGUCAUCACCGACCACGUACUGACCGCCGCUUGUCGACCUAAGCGGGCCGUUAUCUUCGCCUUUGAAUUCGCUGGAAGCCGCAUUUUGCCUUCUGAUCUGAAUUUGGUUAGCUGUGUCAACGCCGAGCCUCGAGGGCGUUUUGACUCGCCAACUCUGAGCUUCCUUCGCCCAAGGCCGUAUCAGGCCACGUGGUUUCAUCUGCUCGGAUACGCGCACAUACGACUAAGUCCGCUCCGCCGCUCGGCCCUGGAACAACUUCGGGCGUGCAGCUUUUACGUUGUCUGCACCUUCUGGCCGCGUUAUGGAUCUGGCAUCAAGAUCUUUUCGCCUAAACUAUGGGGAGUGUCUCGCUGA